CUGCACCCUUAACGCCCUUAAGCUAUAGGCAAGUAUCUAUCCUUACGUAAAGCUCGUACCAUCAAACAUCAAAACUCGAAGCAUUACUUGGGAUUAUCAGGAUAGUAACACUCUCCCUCCCUCGAAUAUACAAGUAUGUUUCAUUGAGUCCUACUUCAACAAUUCAAAUCAUCAUACUCGUGUAAGAUCGACAACUCCUCUACCUAAUGUAGAACGGUGGAUUCUAGCUACAAACGACGAAUAAGUGGCGCAAUUCCCAAAAUCAUGAUUCAUCACAGGCUUUCACAGCCCUCUUCUACCCAUUACACGAACUCAAACAACCCGGCGAGACUCAACCUGUCGCCUUAGAGAACCAAAUCCCCAUUAACCUUCCGUUUAUCAACCUAUUAACCCGACUGUUCGUCCGAUAGUCGGGUUAGCAGUAGGCUUAUGCAAGGGGCAGAGGCUCGCACGUACCUCUUGUGUCUGCGCUCCACGUGCAUCGUUACUCCUUCGAGAAGCGUUGGGACCGUCUGGAAUUAACCACCUAAACCCCCUCGCUAAUCUGAUAACCCACAGCUUGGAAACAUCCACAAUGCCACGCUUCAUCGCGUCGUCGAUUUAGUAUCUUCAUCGAACUAGCUGGUUGUCUUAGCGCAUUAUCACGAAGCUUUACUCAGCCAUCGCAAUCUUCAUUGAAGAUUAUUAACAAGUAAUGCCAAAUGAUUCUGGCAAAGUUACCGUUUGCUUUUCAUGCUGUGAUCGAGACAGCGGCAGCUCUAUCAUUCAUCUUCAAUCCAGAUAAGCAGCUUCCCGGAUGCACUGAAGCUGCGAAACUCAUACUACGACAGUAUGGAGGAUUGUUGCUCUCUAGUAACCUGAUUUGCCUCGUUAUUCUCACUGAGCCUGGCUUUACUUAUACGGAUCGCCUAUUCGCAGCGGCUUUGGGGACGUACCACAUUUGGCCAUGCUUUCGGGCUUAUGCUCGAAUGUACAGCAAUUUAGGCCCAUCCGACCAAGAAAAAGCUGCUUUAGGCGGACCCCAAUUGCAUCUGAUAAUUCAUCUGAUUUGCUUGGGAAUGUUCAUGUGGGCUUCGAUGUCUCCUAAAUUGAUAGUUUAAUAAUCACUAGAUUAAUAAGCUGAUAUAUAUUCGCAAUACGAUCGCCUAUCUCGAACGCCGUCAAUCCUUACACACGAUGACGAGAUAUUUAUUUUAGGGGCUCUCAGGCCUGUUAAUUUUAUAGCAUACCUAGCGCCCCGUAGAGCGGUCCGUGGGGGUUGUAUAACGUCGUACAAAGGAUUAG